CCCGGCACCGCGCUCGGAACACGCAGCCGGCCGCCAUGGUCGAGGCUUUCUGCGCCACCUGGAAGUUGGUAGACAGCCACAACUUCGACGAGUACAUGAAGGCGCUGGGAGUGGGGUUUGCAACACGGCAAGUGGGGAAUGUGACUAAACCCACUGUGAUUAUCAGCAGCGAGGGGGACAAAGUAGUGAUCAGAACCCAAAGCACUUUCAAAAACACAGAAAUCAGCUUUAAACUCGGCGAGGAAUUUGAUGAAACUACCCCCGAUGAUAGAAACUGCAAAUCAGUUGUGACCCUGGAUGGAGAGAAGCUAGUGCAUGUACAGAAAUGGGAUGGCAAAGAGACAAACUUUGUGAGAGAAAUAAAGGAUGGCAAAAUGGUAAUGACUCUCACCUUUGGUGAUGUGGUUGCUGUUCGCCAUUAUGAGAAAGCAUAGAGUAUACCUGACUUCUGUCCAGAUGUUACUUCUGCUGGAUGGAUUAAUGUCCUGUCCAUGAUUGAUCGUAGCUAAAGUGCACAUUUCUGGCAUGAAAGGUUAAUAAAGAUUUUUUUUUUUUGGGGGGGGUGGGGGUGAGGGGUUUUUUAUGAAAAAAAGCUGUGCCAUCAAACUGGCAUGCUUGUGCUGUAUAGUGAAACAGGCUAAACUUGGCAUUAAAUUUCUGAAACACUCGCCUUUCUUUUUUUAUUUUUUUUUACAGUAAAUG